GGAGAGGAGUUCCUGCACUGAUCGCCCGUCUGUCUCCGCUUUAUAUAUCGACAUCCACCUCGACGCUGAUCGUCAUAUUGCGUUCAGGGCAGUUGGCUGUCGGAGCACUGCAGUGCCGGAGAAACCCCGUGAAAACGACAGACAGGUCUCUGCAGUUUGCACCUGUCCCGACAGUCGGACGUGAAGCUCUUCGGUGGAUUGAGGCACAGGCGCCGCGGGAGGAAGAAGAUAUAACAGUCAGAUGCGGACUCUACUUUGAUAUCUUUUUAAUCCUCUGCAAAAGAAAUCCAUGGAAAGUUUAAAAAAGAUGGAAAAUCCCAUGGAUCAGAGUAAGGGCUUGAGCUACAAAAACAGUCUGGAACCUACGAAGAGGAAUGGUCUGAUCAAUACUAAAAACUUGGUGACAGAUACCAAAGAUGGGCUGGUAUCUCUCUACUCUGCUCCUCAGUACCACGGACAUAUAGUGGCCAAUUUUUCACCCCAGAACUUUGGGGAAAGGAGCAAAAGCGACUCAAACCAGCAACAGCUGCUCGACCCCAGUAUGCUACCACAGACAGUGGAUUCCCAUUACCGACCCAACAUAAUUUUGUACUCGGAGAGCAUGCUGAGGUCCUGGGGUGAGAACAUCAGUACUGACUGCUGUGAAACUACUUUCAUUGAGAGCAGAUCCCCCACCAAGGAAACCAUGGACUACACAGACAGCAAAUUUAUAGAUCUGUCAGCCGAGGACAUCAAAGUCCACACUCUGUCUUACGAUGUGGAGGAUGAUGAGGAGUUUCAAGAACUAGAGAGCGAUUACUCAAGUGAGACAGAAAGUGAAGACAAUUUCCUGAUGAUGCCGCCCAGGGAUCACUUGGGGCUCAGCGUCUUCUCCAUGCUCUGCUGCUUCUGGCCUUUGGGAAUUGCUGCCUUUUAUCUUUCACAUGAGACAAACAAGGCUGUGGCUAAGGGAGAAUACCACCAAGCAAGUUCCAGCUCCAGGCGGGCACUGUUCUUAGCAGUGCUCUCUAUCACCAUCGGGACUGGCAUUUAUGUAGGGGUCGCCGUGGCACUGAUAGCUUACCUGUCCAAAAAUAACCAUUUGUAAGAUCUCAACCCAAAGCCCCAUGGAAUGCAGCUGGGGACCUCCUGAACUGCACGUGCGACGUUGGAGUGAUGGGCUGGUUCGUGGCAGCAGUGCAGACAGAGCGUUUGAUAAAAACAACUCUUCCCGGUGUCGAAUAUAACAAAGUAUCUGCAUUUUCUCUCAACGUACAGUAUUGGCAGAGCAGUCACAAAGCACCCUUCCACUAAGUAAAUACAUGUCAUUUUAAAUGUAAAGGUUCAAAAUAAUCGUAAAUAAAAACAUGCCCUGUAGAGUCAACCGGUAAUCAGCUGAAGGUGGGAGCUCACCUGUAAGCAUGAAGAUGAGGCAGCUGAGAGAACAGGCAGAGGCUGGCUCAGAGCAGACAGGAUUUCUCUCCACUCAGAUUAGGAAAACACCCGAGCUUUAAACAACACCUCCCAAUGCUCAUGGCACAGCGGCUCAGCACUGAGCACGUGCUGCACUGAGUUAUCCUCUGCGGAAACAGUUUUAGCAUUCGCCAUGAAUUUAAUGAAGGGUGAAGAUUGCGACCUGUGGUGUCACUGGUGAUAAUUCUAGACCAAUGUCUAUAAUGAUCACAGUUGCGAUACCUUAUUUCCUUUCUCCCUCCUCCCCACCA